AAAACAAAAAACAAAGCCAGAUCUGCAAGAGGAUGGUGAAGAUCCGAGGUGAAAGAACGGAGGUGAUGGUGGCGAUGGUGGAUCUGCAAAAGGGGGAAAAAUCAAGCCACAAUUUUAUCACCCUAUGGACCCUCUCUAUGAAGUACACACACGUCCAAGCUUUGUGCCAGGCCCCUUUAGCUCUCAUUUAGAAGCUUACUUCACUUGUUGCACAUUCCAACUUUGCUGUAGGUGUAGCUAUAGUUAGGGCAUUGAAAUGAGGGAUUUUCACUAUGUUCACACGUGGGGCUGGAUUUUUCUAUAUUGUACUACGAUAUCCACCACUUGCCCCAAUCGAUCUUGAACAGAUUACUCCACUUUUUGUAUCAUUGCUCCUCCUCAUCACUCGUCGGAAUAUCCACUUAUUGUAUGUACUACGUUUGUCGUGGUCGACUCAACUUCCACUGUCGGUUGUCUUCGCGUGAUCACUAAUUCUUCAU